GCCGCCCCCUCCACCGCUUCCUGCGACCUUGGUGCCUCCUCCAUAGCUCCGAUCAACCGUCGUUGCGGGCAACUGCUUCCCUUGCCGGCCGUCUCUUCCUGCCGUCGCUCCUGUUGCUCUCCGCACCCACCCCCUCUUGCUUCUUGGCUCCUUCGUCUCGUUGCCAUGGCCACGUCCGGUUACGUCUUUCCCCAAGAGGAUCACGACGCAGGCUUCUAUCGCUCAAAGGCUGCCAAUGCCGCAUCGCCAUCGCCGUUGCCCACGUCGCCUUCGGUCGCCGAGGCGGCCCAGGCUCCGUACUCGCCCACGACCCCGUCCAUCUUUGAUCCAACCACGCAUAUUUCGGGCAAAAUCUUUGUCGGCGGCCUCAACUGGGAGACCUCGGAUGCGGCCCUGAGAAGCUACUUUGAGGCGUUUGGCGAGGUCGACGACUGCGCUGUCAUGAAGGACCCACACACCGGCACCUCCAGAGGAUUUGCAUUUCUGACCUUCAAGGACUCGGGUGUCGUCGAUAGGGUACUGAACACCACCCACCAUCUCGACGGAAAGCGGAUCGAUCCAAAGCGUGCUGUCCCCCGUUCCGACGACAGAGGUAGCUCUGGCCCUGGCCCUGGCCCCGGCUCAGGCUCGGGCUCAGGCGGUUCGUCAGCACACAAUCCUCCGACCAACAAGCUCUUUGUCGGUGGCGUGUCUAUCGAAACCAGCCAGGAAGAAUUCCGCCACUUUUUCGAGCAGUUCGGGCCCGUCACUGAGGCCAUGAUCAUGUGCGAUCGCGAAACCCAGCGAUCGCGUGGGUUUGGCUUCGUCACUUUCGAAGACGCGGCCAGCACCGAGAAGUGUCUCCAAGAAAAGGACAUGAAGCUUCAAGAUAGGAUGAUCGAAGUCCGACGAGCCACGCCAAAGGGAAACCGCGGCAACACGAGCAGUGGCAGCAGCAGCGGUGGCAUGCAUUCUCGCGGCGGCCCCGAUCGCUUCUCUGGUCGCUCCUCUCGGGGUUACGGCGGUGGCUACGGCGGCUAUGGCGGACCAGGCUAUCGCGGCAGCUAUGGCGGGAACCAGUCGAUGGCGAACGGAUACGCAGUCAACUACGCCAACGACUACUCUGCCGCACCGGCUGCUGGCAUGAGCAGCCCUUACUGGCGCCAGGGCAGCAUGGAUGCUGCGGCUGCUUUCUACGGCGGCUCAGGCUACGGCUACGGCGGCCGCGACAUGUACCAAGCCGGCAGCGGGAGCGUGGCAGAAGCCUACGCCGGAUAUGCCGCCUAUGGCGCUGCCGUUGAUUCGGGUGCGGCUGCCUACGGAUAUGGCCGCAUGUCGUUCGGCAGCAGCGCCAUCGUUUCUCCUGUGGCUGCUGGCACGGCGCCAUACGGCUAUGCUGCCAUUGGAGCUGUGUCUGGAGCCAUGCCCGGAGGCGGCCCCGAUCGUGCUGGUCGCCGCCGGAUGGAUGAUCAGCGACAAGGGCCCGACUCUCGACCGCGAGGAUACCAUCCCUACUCGCGCUAGCAUCGCCCAUGCGGCAUCAAAGCUCGGCCAGACAGACUCCCAAGUAGCGUGCCCCCAGGACCAGGGUCGUCCUGGCAUAUCGACCCGGCGACCCGAUCUCGACCCAACAAUCCCGUCUCGACCCGAUCCGACUUGGUCCUUUCAAGCUGCUCUGCUCUGCUCUUGGCUUUAGCCACAUCGUUCACUUGUCUGCUCCCUCUCCACCCUAUUGAUGCUGACGCCGGCGUCCGGAACUUUCCCUCUCUUGAACCCCGACCUUCUGGCUCGGUCGGGUGUGUCUGCGGCGCUUUGUUUUCUGCUCCUUCGAGCUCGCACCUGCCCUUGACUCUGUCCAUCUGCCUUGCUUGCCCUCUGUGUGUCGCUGUUGAUUCCGCACUGCUGCCUCUGCCUCUCCGAAAUACAGCACGCAUGCCGCCGUCA